AUGGAGAAGCUGUCGGCGAGCCUGUCGGAGAUCGCUUGGAGCCCGUUGGCACUGCCGCUGGACGCGGUGGUCAGCAAGUUUCGCCUGCCCACUCUGAUCCGUUUGGCCCACGGUGAAUGCGUCGAGGGUCUGUCCGAGGAGGAUGUGGUGCUCCUACAUUCCUGCCGUCAGUGGACCACAGUGACGGCCCACAGCUUGGAGGAGGGACACUACGUAAUCGGACCCAAGAUCGACAUUCCACUGCAGUACCAGGGGAAGUUUAAGUUACUGGAUGAAGAUCGUGACGUCAGGGAUCCGGUCCAGUAUUUCUCCAGCGUGGAGGAAAUUGCUGGAGUCUUCCCUGACCGGGUCUUUGUCAUGGAGACAAUCACUUUCAGUGUCAAGGUGGUUUCAGGGGAGUUCAGUGAAGACAGCGAACCUUACAGCUUCACUCUGCAGGCUGGAGAUGAGCUGUCACUCAUGGGAAAGGCGGAGCUUCUCUGUGCCACACCCCCGAAGGAAAAGACAGGACUUAGCGCUCUCUUGAGACGCCUGGGAAAGACUCCUAGAUGUAAAACUCCCUGUCUGGUCUGUAUGAACCAUCGCACCAAUCAGAGUGUCAGCCUGCCUUUUGGCUGCCGUGGACGCUUUUGCACGCGCUCUCCUAUGGAGCAAGGCAUGCUGGGAGGGGAGCACACAAUACGCACCAUCAUCGAGCGAGUUCGCCUUCCGGUCAACGUGACUGUGCCCUCACGGCCGCCGCGAAACCCCUACGACCGCCACUUGGUGCGAGAAGGCCACCGCUACAAACUGCUCAACAUCGUAAGCAAGACUGUGGUGCUCUGUUUGGUCCUCCGCCGACAGGAAGUGUCUCCCUCUCACUUCCUGCUGCUGCGCUGCAUGCCCCGUUUUAAUGUGGCCGAGGCCUCCGUUCACGCAGCAGCGUUGGAGAGCCUUCUGCUGCGGCACACCUUCGACCCAGAUGCCUACUCUCAUGCUGUUAGAGAAACCCGACCUGAGCUGGAGUGUAUGACAGAGGAGUGUGUGAGCCCACGGCACUCGCGCCUGUGUGUGUCAGGCCAGGACUCGCUGGCCCCGGCGCUGCAGCGCCUCUCCAUGUGCGGCUAUAUCAGUGGGGUGUCAGAGAGUGUAUCGCAGCGCUGCAGGGACUCUCUUGGAGAGCAGCUGGGGGAGGGGCCAGGUGAGGAACGGGAGUAUGUGACUCCUGAGUGGACUGAGGAUGAGAUGAGGACCAGUGAGGAAAUCCCUUAUGAGGAACUCUGGACAAAUCAGAACGCAGAGGGCUUGGGGAAAGAACCAAACCUUAUAUCCUUCCACACGUCUUCCUCAUUGGACGGUUCUCUUGGUACCGUGGUGACACGAGUGUCCACCCCUCCUCCUAUACCUCCUAAAUCUGAUGCUGUCAGGGAGGAGUGCCGCUACUUGAUCGCCCCUCCGGUGCCCCCCCGCUGCUCUAAAGGAGGCUCCAUCUCCAGUCCAACCCCCAGCCCUCCUGUUCCAUCUCGCUUCCCCAAGACAUCCACCUCCCCAAGACCGAACCUCUCCUUUUACUCCUCCGGACUGCAUGACAGCUGCUCGCCCUCUCCCGACGCCACCCUCUACUGUUACCCGUGCUCCUGGACAGAUUGUCCUGCUCCUAACGCAGCCAGUCCUGAGCCGGUCCCUGCAGACAACACGUCCAACUCUCAGCCUGCGCAGGCCGCCUGGGCAGAGCCAUGGGUAGAUCCCUACACCCCCCCCGCACCCCGACUCAGGCCGCCGCCCCCUCAGAGUCGCUUUGCUCCCUUUGGCGCGUUAAACCCGUUUAACCGUCAGUCUCCUUGCCCCUCGCCUGAGCCCGCUGCUAACUCCGCUACAGAUUCCUCCAGAGGCGCAGAAGGUGGUGGAACGUCAACAAACGUCACCGACGGGUCAACCCCGCCUCCUGACCCCACCUGGAGACCCCCUGCUGACCUGUCUGCGCUCUCGUUGGAGGAGGUGUCAGCGUGCCUGCGGUUCAUCGGCCUACCCGAGGCAGCGGUGGCGGUGUUCCAGAGGGAGCGAAUAGACGGCAGCCUCCUGGUGCAGCUGACCGAGGACAUUCUGUCACAUGAUUUUCACUUGAGCCGACUACAUGUGACCAAAAUCACACAGUUCAUCCAGGGCUGGAGGCCGAAGAUCUAA